AUGGCCAACCCGAGUCGAGUGUUUGCUGCGGUACUACCUGCUGCAGGUCGCGGGUUCGCCGGUAACGAAAAGGAACAAGUCCUGGAGGUACACACGGUUAACCGACAGAGUCCCGGCGACCGUGUGAGGGAGGUUCAGGUGACGGGAACAGCGGAAGUUUGUUUCCCGGCGGACCGAGUUUCUGUUUGUGUCAGCUUGGGUAACAGUAAGGAGUCAGUCGCCGAGGUCCUCAGCAGCGUUUCACGGAGACUCGAGUACAUUUUACAGACCCUCAGACAACAUGGCGUCAGUGACAAAGACACCGUAGUGAGGAGGUAUCUUCACCGAGCGGCAGACCUAUAUCACAUGGAUGCAGAGGUCGUGGCCACUUUUUCAGAUUUUGAGAAGAUGGAACAAGUAUGUAGUGUCCUGCUGGAAAAGCUGGACAAGAGUGUCUGCGUGGGAACGCCACAGUUUUACCACAGUGCAGGAUGCUUGAGUCAACUGAGGAGGCAAGUGUGUGUGUCAGCAGUUGAAAAUGCACAGCAGAAGGCCAGUGAAGUCAGCCAGCUCCUGGGACAAAGUCUGGGACCCCCCCUGGUGGUCAGAGAGGAGGAGACAAAGGAGUGGAGGAAUGAGGACGGGGAGUUUGGAAGCAGAGGGCAGGGUGCUGCACUCCUUUCUCACCUUCCCCAUAGACCUACAAUCACUGCCUCCUCACGGGUGUCCGUCUCCUUCAGCCUCAGAGACAAAAGCAGGAAACAGCUCUAAAGACAUUUGUCACUGGCUCAUAAAACCAGAGCGAUGUAUGUCACAGUUUAAAACAUUUUCUUGCUUAAUUAUGGCUGAUUAAAAGUGCACGUCAGUCAACACAAUCAUGUCAGUUGAAAAAAAUAUGGAUUUUCAAAGAAAUGAAAUCUCCCUUAAACAUGCCAAACAUUCAAGACUGUCUUUUAAAAAGAUGUGACACAGAUUUAUUUGUUUUUUAAACAUU